UAGUGAAACUAUAUUGUUUUUUAAUCUAUAGAGGGGGGGGGGCUUAGCCCUGUUAGACCAUUGUUAAGAGCAUUUGUUAAGAGUCUAUUGCAUAUUUCUACUUCGUAGUUAAGACUCAUUUGUCAUUCACGUUGUUGAUUCGUUUGUUUUUUUAUUAAAUAGGUCUACGUUUAAAUGGUUUAAUGUGACAAAUAUGUCAAAAUUUCGAGUAUUUGGCUGUAGUGAAUAAUGCAAUAUCGGGUUACGUCGUGUUAUUAAAACGUGCAAAUGUUUUUAAAAAAUUCUUCGUUCGCAAUUGUGAUUUUUUUCACUUGGCUCACUUAAGUGAAUCAUUUUUGGAGAGCCGAUUCAGUCGGCAGUCAUUCGCCUCUGUUCUCCGACAUAAGUGUCUAUAUACACGACGGGAUUUACCAAACGUUAGAGAAGUAAUAAACGAAAAAAAAAAUAUAUAUAUCCACUAAAAAUAGUCCAAAUGUUUCUGUAACUCGGUACUUAAACUCUUUAGGCGUCCUCUUGUGUUUAAGUCAAGUGUUACAGGAAAUCAGUUUGUGUAUCUAAGUUAGCAAGACAUGGCUGACAUCGAUAAGCUCAACAUAGACAGCAUCAUACAGCGCCUGCUUGAAGUGAGGGGGUCAAAGCCUGGUAAGAAUGUUCAGCUGCAGGAGAAUGAGAUUCGUGGUCUCUGUCUGAAAUCUCGUGAGAUCUUUCUCAGCCAACCUAUCCUACUGGAGUUGGAGGCCCCUUUAAAGAUCUGUGGUGACAUUCAUGGGCAGUACUAUGAUCUCCUGAGGCUCUUUGAGUAUGGCGGAUAUCCUCCUGAAAGUAACUACUUGUUUCUUGGGGACUAUGUGGAUCGGGGAAAACAGUCACUCGAGACCAUCUGCCUUCUGCUGGCCUAUAAAAUCAAAUACCCUGAGAACUUCUUCCUUCUCAGGGGCAACCAUGAAUGCGCCUCAAUCAACCGCAUCUAUGGUUUCUACGAUGAGUGCCGAAGGCGCUACAAUAUUAAGCUCUGGAAGACAUUUACUGACUGCUUUAAUUGCUUACCCAUUGCUGCCAUUGUGGAUGAGAAGAUCUUCUGUUGCCAUGGAGGUUUGUCUCCAGACUUGCAGUCCAUGGAGCAGAUCCGACGCAUUAUGAGGCCAACUGAUGUGCCUGACCAAGGCCUUCUGUGUGACCUACUGUGGUCCGAUCCAGAUAAAGAUGUGCUAGGCUGGGGCGAGAAUGACCGUGGUGUCUCCUUUACCUUUGGUGCUGAAGUUGUUGCCAAAUUUCUCCAUAAACAUGACUUGGACCUGAUCUGCAGGGCCCACCAGGUGGUGGAAGAUGGCUAUGAAUUCUUUGCCAAGAGGCAGUUAGUGACAUUGUUUUCUGCACCAAACUAUUGUGGUGAGUUUGACAACGCUGGCGCCAUGAUGAGCGUGGAUGAGACACUCAUGUGUUCUUUUCAGAUUUUGAAGCCAGCAGAGAAGAAGAAGCAAAACUCAAGUCGUCCAGUGACUCCACCAAGGAACAUGGUCACCAAGCAGGCAAAGAAAUAGACCUGCUACCAGUGCACUGGUCAAUUUUGGGACUUUUGCUAUUAUGUUUUAAAUUUUUUAUUUGUCACAGCUUCACAGAAUGUUUUUCUGGCAUAGUGGUUGUGUGGAUUCACUGAACUGAAGACAGCCCCAGUUUUCUCCCCAAUUUUGUACACCAUUUACUAUAUUACAUCCAACUAAUGAAGGCUGGACUUACAGACUGCAUGGGCCUUGAACUCUUCAAGCUGCACAUUUUUUUAUUUUAGGUUUUGUCUCGUAUAUCAUAUAUAUUUAGUUUCAUAUAUUAUAUGCAAAGUGGCAAAGCAUUUACACCAUUGGGUAAAACACUGGCAGCAGUUAAUGCAGGGAACCUUUCUAACUGUGGAAGCACUCCACAAUUUCUUCUCCAUACAGUACUUUUUUUUUGUGUGUGUUUAGCUUCUCGUGUACCUUUUUAGACCACUGUGAACAAGUAAGCUAAGUAUAUUCACUUUAUAAAAUGGAGCAAAUGGGAUCUGAAAUAUGAUUUCACACUAGCUUUUUUUGUGAAUAUUCCAGAUUUGCUAUUCUGUCCAAUUCUAUUUUAAGAAAUCUUUUAAGAUUAUCCUGGGAUUUAUUUUUUCUUAAAGGCAUAAAUGAAUUCAUGCAUAAUGAAUCUGUUGAUCUGUAGCAUUGUAGUAAAAGCUGAGCAGAUCUAGCUGGUGUGUUUUAUGAAUCAGAUUAUAUUCAAAUUAAACCAGCAUCAAACUUCUUUUUUUAUCCACUUCAAUUUGCCAAGAUGCCUUUUUUGCUUUUUCUUCAGUAGACUUGUUAAGGAUUUAGGAGCUUUUGCAUCGGGAAUGAGAGUACAUGUCAGAAUGUCAUAGGUUUCUUGUGAUAAUGUUUUGUCAUGCAGAUUUUCAGCAUGUCUCAUUAUAAUGUAGCUCAACACCAUAUAUGUUAACUUCUGCAUGUGCUUUUCAUAUUGUUUUAAGAUUUCUUGUGUCUCUCAAACCAACUGUCAUUAUAAAAUCUUUUUGUUUAGUCUUGGCAAUAACUAAAUUUUUCACAUUAUAAAUAAUUGAAUUCCUUGAUCAAACUUGAAUAAAAUGUAAUGUUAAUUGGGUACACAAUAA